AUGAUUUCUGCUACCGAGACUCGCUACCGAGGGCGUGGACGGCCGCCGAAAGGCUCGACUAGCCGAGCGCAUGUUCCAAUGACCAUUCAAAGGCCUCAAGAUCCUGCAGAGAGCCCCGAGGAAGGGCUUUGGCGCAAUUUAUCUCUCGAUAAUUGCGAAGGAGGAAUACCGGACAGGGCAAAGGGAAUCCCGUCGAACCACGCAGAGGGCACGGUAGAAGAAGAAGAAGCGAAAGAGCGGCGCCGUAGGCAAAUCCGCCUCGCGCAGCGGGCGUACCGGCAACGAAAUACCGCCAAUGUUCAACGUUUAAAGGACCGGAUCGUUCAACUAGAGACAGCAGUACAGAAUAUGAACAAAGCAGUGGUCUCCUUCAACGAUGCCAUCGUCCAAUCUGGAGCUCUUGUGGCACAUGAUAAUAUGGCCGAUCGACUAUGCGUGAUGAUACAGAUAUGCAUGACUUCGGCUACGGAUACAGGCUGCGAUAUUGGCCAUGAGUCGUUGAAUCUACAACAGAUGCAAGACACUUCCCCUUCGCCUUUCACACAGCAGCAACCAUAUAAUCUGCCCUCUCUGCAGACGGUAGCUCAUCAGUCUCUCACUGGGGGUCCUCAUUUGUGGAACCACCAUGCACUGUUUUACCCUCAGUAUGCGUGCAGUUCUCCCGCCUCCCAUUCCUGCAACACAGGACCCGUGGAUUUAUGGAACUUCACGCAGCAGGUGCGUCUGGCAUGCAUUUACAAUGCCCUGUUACGUCUCGCCAACCCAUUAGUUCCUCUAGAUGACUUACGGCGGCCGUUUCGGCUUCUUUUGUCCCUGAUGAAUAGAGAAACAAUCACAUCGAUCUUCAAAUCUAUAUUUGAGGCCAGACUCAAUGGAGAAGAGCUUGAAAAUGGGGGUGAAUUCCCAUUUUUUCAGCUGGGUGGUGCGGGAACCCACUAUCCACGCAAUACGAUACAAAGUCAGUCAGUUGAAACUCAGCCAUUGAUUAAAGGAUGGGGUACGAUUCAUGCUCCCCCGUAUUACCUAUCGUCGGAGUACGAAGAGGACAUGGCUGGGGAAUGUUUUGACAUUCACGACUUGCUGGGAUAUCUAAAAGAGAAAGAUAUCCGUUUGGCUCUAGACCCUGAUACAGACUCAAGCAUGAAACCUACGACCCACGCUGUCAAUCCGAUAUUAUUUCUAGGAGGUGAGGCUCUAUUCCCAUGA